CGCAUGCGCGCGCUCCAGCUGUGAGCGGCUCCGGCUGCGGGAUCCCCGGCCUCCGUGCCGCUGCCGCGCGGCCACUCACCAGCUGUCUCCAUGGCAGCAGAGGCCACGUGGUGAGGGGGCCGCCCACCGGCUCCUCUCUCAGGUGGCUGCACCGCAGGCUCGUUGGCACCGUGAGAUACCGCCCCCGACAGGGCGCCCUCCGAGUGCUGGGCCCUGUCCCAGCGCCUAGCCUUUCGGGCCUCCGCAGCCCAGCGAGGAAGAGUCUUUGAGAUCUAAUUAAGAUCCAUCCGUCUCCCUGCUCUGUCCCAGCGCCCUGUAAGGACUGCCAGGUGAUAAUGAAGGUUCUCUUACUGAAAGACGCUAAGGAGGACGACUGUGGCCAAGAUCCAUACAUCAGGGAAUUAGGAUUAUAUGGACUUGAAGCCACUCUGAUCCCUGUUUUAUCAUUUGAGUUUUUGUCUCUUCCCAGUUUUUCUGAGAAGCUGUGUCAUCCUGAAGGCUAUGGCGGACUCAUCUUUACCAGCCCCAGAGCAGUGGAAGCAGUGGACCUGUGUCUGGAGAAAGACAAUAAAACGGAAGUCUGGAAACAUUCUCUGAGGGAAAAAUGGAAUGCUAAGUCAGUGUAUGUGGUCGGAAAUGCUACUGCUUCUCUAGUGAAUAAAAUUGGCCUGGAUACAGAAGGAGCACACUGCGGAAAUGCAGAAAAGCUUGCAGAAUAUAUUUGUUCCCGGGAGUCACCAGCAUUGCCUCUUCUGUUUCCCUGUGGAACCGUCAAAGGAGAAAUCCUGCCGAAAAUGCUCAAGGACAGAGGGAUUCCCAUGGAAAGCAUAACUGUCUAUCAGAAGAUCCCACACCCGGGAAUCCAAGUGAACCUCAACAGCUACUAUUCGAAGCAGGGCGUUCCGGCCAGCAUCACAUUUUUCAGUCCCUCUGGCCUUACCUACAGCCUCAAGCAUAUUCAAGAGUUAUCUGGCGACAACAUUGAUCAAAUUAAGUUUGCCGCCAUCGGCCCCAGCACGGCCCGCGCGCUGACUGCCCAGGGCCUGCCUGUGAGCUGCCUGGCCGAGAGCCCCACACCGCCAGCCCUGGCCAAGGGCCUCCGGUUGGCCCUUCAGGCCCCCCGCUGCUGAGUCGGUGGCCCGUCCCGCUGCUGCUGGUGCAGGGAGGCGAGGCAUCGGCGGGGCUCCCCACACCUUUGCCUCAUGCCUCCGCGGAACCCCCGGGACACAUGGGCCCGGCGAGAGCUCCUCUGGCAGAGGGAAGAAAACCAAAUAAACCACCUGGCUCUUCGCGCUGAGUUGUCA